AGAUGCUGACCAUCUGUUUGACCGGACUGAUUAUUCUCCAUGCAAAGUGAGCUCAGUCUUCAUCACGGCUGCAAGAGGACUAAUGGAGGUCACUGACCAGAUGGAAAUGAUUGAGCUCACAAGGAUACGUACAGCUUCUAUGUGAGACACUGCUGCCACCUGCAGUUCAUUUACAUUGCAGCUUUUUGCAGUCACAAGUCUCAGGUGGGUCAGCUGGAGGGUCACAUGGGUGUGAAUGAAGUAACGUGAUCGGUAAUGAUGGCUUUACAGCAGCAACGGUUUUUUGUAACAACGCCCGUAUUUGGACAAACCCCGCCCCCCAUGACGGUGAUUGGUUUAAAAUGAUUCUCGUCCCGUGCAUGGAUUGGCUACUGCUCCUCAUCACUCAGCGGUCAUUUUGGAUUAUUAGCCAAUCGUAGAGCAUGAUGGCGGUGCUGUUCGGAAUACGGGCGGAAAAAAACAAUAACAGCGCGCUGCAGCAGCAGCAGUGUUGCAGUAGAGCUGUUUACAGAGACGAUAAACACUUCACUGCUGCUUAUUAUGGGGUUGUUUACACAGAAUAAGGCAGAAAAUCUAACCUGUUGAUUUUUGGACUGAUUGUGGUUAUCUGUUACCUGCGGGGGAGCACUGUCUGGCUAUCAUGGGAUCAUUGUUCCGCAGUGAGGAGGUGUGUCUGGUUCAGCUCUUCCUCCAAUCAGGAUCUGCUUACAACUGCGUCAGUGAGCUGGGAGAGCUAGGAUUGGUCGAAUUCAGAGAUUUGAAUCCUAGUGUAAAUGCCUUCCAGAGAAAGUUUGUCUCUGAGGUGAGGAGAUGUGAAGAGAUGGAGAAAACUUUCAUGUUUCUGGAGCAGGAGGUCGUAAGGUCCCUCCCUCCUGCGUUGCGGGAGCCUCUUCCUCUCCCAAGCCCACUACCAUCAGCUCCUCAGCCCAGGGAGCUUCUUGCAAUUGAGGAGGAGAGUGAGAGGCUGGCCAGAGAACUGAAAGAGGUAACAAGAAAUAGAGACAGUCUCCGGAACCAGCUGACCCAGCUCAGUCAGUACAGAGGAGUUCUAAUUCAGGCUCACCUUUUCACAGCCACACAGGCUCCACCCUCUUGUUUGGAAACUGCAACUCUGUUGGAUAACAGGCAAGACAUUCGCCUGAGUUUUGUCGCUGGUGUGGUCCACCCAUGGAAAGUCGCAGCUUUUGAGCGCCUGCUGUGGAGGGCCUGUCGUGGUUACAUCAUUGUGGACUUCUGGGAAAUGGAUGAGAAGUUGGAAGUGGCAGACACUGGGGAGAUGGUGCAGUGGACAGUGUUUUUGAUAUCCUUCUGGGGUGAACAGAUUGGCCAGAAAGUGAAGAAGAUCUGUGACUGUUUCCACACGCAUACCUUUGCAUACCCGGAGAGUUCAGAGGAGAGAGAUGAGAUACUGCAGGGGCUCCAGAGGAGAAUCUUUGAUAUCAAAACUGUGCUCUCUCAGACUGAGUGCUACAUGCAGCAGUUGCUGGCCCGCAGUGUCUGUGCACUGCCCCAGUGGAGGGUGUGUGUGCAGAAGUGUAAAGCUGUGCAGACGGUGCUGAACCUGUGCAGCCCUUCAGUAACAGAUAAGUGCCUGAUUGCUGAGGCCUGGUGUCCCGUUAGCAAGCUGCUGCUACUGCAGAGUGCCUUGAUAGAGGGCACGAGGAAAAGUGGAAGCAGCGUGGACUCCUUCUACAACCGCCUGCCUGCCCCCACCUCUCCUCCCACUCUCUUCAACACCAAUUCCUUCACUUCUGGCUUCCAGAGCAUUGUGGAUGCUUAUGGCAUAGCGAGCUACAGAGAAGUCAACCCGGCGGUAUAUACCAUCAUCACUUUCCCUUUCCUGUUUGCGGUGAUGUUUGGAGAUGUUGGUCAUGGUUUUCUCAUGACCCUGGCAGCUCUCUGGAUGUUGCUGGAGGAAAGAGACCCCAAAAUGAGAGAAAGCACCAAUGAGAUGUGGCGAAUGAUUUUUGGAGGUCGCUAUUUAAUUCUACUGAUGGGACUCUUCUCCAUCUACACUGGAGCUGUGUAUAACGAGUGCUUCAGUAAAGGUCUCAGUCCGCUCCCUUCAGGCUGGCACCUCAAACCUAUGAUACAGCACUACAACUGGAGUGAUGACACUCUGAGGGAAAACCAGUACCUUGCUCUGGACCCAAAUGUCACUGGAGUGUUCCAGGGUCCUUACCCAUUUGGCAUAGACCCGAUCUGGAGGCUGGCAAAUAACCACCUGACUUUCCUCAACUCAUACAAGAUGAAGAUGUCUGUCAUCAUUGGAGUCAUCCACAUGACUUUUGGAGUCAGCCUGUCCUUUUUCAAUUACAUGCAUUUUGGUGAUAUGAGCAGUGUGUUCCUGGUUUUGAUUCCUGAGCUGGUGUUCAUGCUCUGUCUGUUUGGAUAUCUGGUCUUCAUGGUGGUGUUUAAGUGGAUUGCCUUUGGGCCGCAGGACUCCAGCCGUGCUCCGAGCAUCCUGAUCCACUUCAUAGACAUGUUCCUGUUCACUCAGAACCCAGAUAACCCACCCCUCUACACAGGACAGAUGAUUGUGCAGCGGGUGCUCGUGGUUUUAGCCUUCUGUGCUGUUCCUAUUCUUUUACUGGGGAAGCCAAUUUACCUCUACCUCAAACACGGAAGGAACAGGACCACGGAAGAGCAGCACCCCCUGGUGACUGACCCCAACUCAAUCAAUGCUCAGUCUGGAGACCUUGAGAGAGGAAAUGGGGGAGAGAACAAGGGGUUCGACUUGACUGAGGUCUUUAUGCAUCAAGCCAUUCACACCAUAGAGUACUGCCUGGGCUGCAUCUCCAACACUGCCUCCUACCUGCGGCUGUGGGCCCUUAGUCUUGCACAUGCACAGCUGUCGGAGGUGCUGUGGGUGAUGGUGAUGCGGAUCUCUCUGUCAUGGCAAGGUUAUAUAGGCUCCGUUAUCCUGGCAGUCAUCUUUUCCUUCUUCGCUAUGCUUACCGUCUCCAUCCUGCUGGUCAUGGAGGGGCUGUCUGCCUUCCUGCACGCACUUCGUCUGCACUGGGUGGAAUUCCAGAACAAGUUCUACAGUGGAACGGGAUACAAACUGCAUCCUUUUUCAUUUGCAUCAAAUGUACAUCUCCUUUAAAACUGACAAUUUAACUUUGCUUAGUCUUUUAACUAAUAUUGCACUGUAAAGACCUUUUUAUAAUUAUUUUUUAGGACUGAUCUUUUGUUUUAUGUACCCCAAGUGUAAUAUGUAUAGUCAUAUCUUUAACAUUUUGGUUUUUAAGAAUGUGUCUGCUUAACGAAACAUUAAAUCAAGUUUCAAGAAGCAUCGCUCACCUCUUUUUUUGAUUUUCUACAAAAUAAUAUUUUGAUGCUAAUAGUUUAAACAAGAAGGAUUUUUUUUAGUUUGAGCUAUGCUGUCAGCAUGUGAUGAAUAGAUUUGUUAUUUCAUACCUCAAUACAAAGCAUAGGGUGGCUUAAAUCAUAUCAGCACCUAUACAAUACAUUUCCAGAACAAACACAUUUGUACACUUGUUUACUCUCAAGCAUCAGACACUAAUAAAUGUUUUUUGUAAACUUU